UACCGACACUCACGUUCCUUCAUGCCUGCCGCCAAAAUCGCACCAUCCAAGACGGCUGGCUCGUCGCAGAGCCCACUCCUGUCUUUGUGGAAGGCGUAUUACGAAUCGACCUCCACUCGGCUCAAGACGAUCGACGCAUUCCUGGUCUUCCUCAUGCUCUCCGGCAUCAUCCAGUUCCUCUAUUGCGUCCUUAUCACCAACUUCCCCUUCAACGCGUUUCUGGCGGGUUUCGCAAGCUGCGUCGGACAGUUCGUCCUCGCGGCGUCCCUCCGUGCGCAAGUGAACCCCGCCAACCGCAGCGAGUUCAAGGAUGUUUCACCAGAACGAGCCUUCGCGGACUUCGCGCUAGGCUCGAUUGUACUACACUUUUUCGUGUACAAUUUCCUGGGAUGACCGUAAGCCGCUGCCGGCAUGGUGUGCUGAAGGAGGGUGUCUUGCUGGAUCGUGGACGGCGCGGACGUACGUGUACAUGGGUGAUGUGUAUAACCCGGAGCUAUAAAUAUUCCGUCGUCAUCCAAGGAGAGGCAGGGAGUGCGAAGAGUGGUGUGGACAGCGUAUGUGAUAGCAGACGAGUGGUGGAGUAAUGUAUGCCUCUGGAACAACAUGCAUGCAGAAGCGAGGGUGGUCUACUUCCGUUCGAAUGAGGAGGACCGCCCGCAUAUUACCACUACAAAGUCGAACAAGUACUCUCCAAACUCGAGGUAGGAACGGAGGAUCUGUCGGAUGUCUUUGUUGGGCACGUCAGACAACUUAGGCGUAAGGCCGGUCGUCCUCCUGAUUCCCGCCAAGAAUGCACUCAAUAGUGCCGCGUCGAUGCCCAGGUGGAUGAGAGUGCCGAACAUUUCAGGAAGAAUUGUGUUUCUCUGGGAAUGCUGAAGGUGCGAUGCAAGGAAACACAAGAGCAGAUGUUCUCGAGAAGA